AACAAUAAACCCGUCACCAGAAACUGAAUAUCAAUACCGGCUUACUGCACCACACACCGCAGUAACCACACAGUAUUUGAGGAUUCAUCGUUCGCGACAGAAAGGAGCACCAUCUGCUGAGAGGCAAUUGAAAUUCAAUUGGAACCCCUUGCAAGCAGCUUUUCUAUCGAGCGCUUUCAGAAUGGUUAUAAAUCUGAAUCCAGCAACCCAAAUCGAUGCCUUUGGGCUCACCGUGGCCAGUGGGAGCGGUAACGGUGAAGGAAGCGGAGACGGAAAUGGUAACCAUAACUGGAACAAUAACGGCAACAAUAAUGCAAGCCACAUAUCUGGCAUCUCGAACAACAUGAUGGGCAUCUUCAACCAUGCCUUGAUCGGAGGGGCCAUGUACUUGCAUGUUAUCUAUGUCGGUGAGAUGAUCGACAAGUGGGUAACCCUCGAGGAAGCCAUGAACUUUUGCCAUGACGCGGUAAUUGCAUAUGUCCAGCUACAGCUGGAACUUUUCCAGAACUUGGCACUGGACUCGUUCGAGCCCAUCUAAUCGAUCAUGUGGUUUGCCAUUUAACCAUUGGCUUGGUUGUGAAAAUUCAUUGUAAUAGUUUUCAGAAUGAUACAAAUCAAAAUUAUUUGACUCUCAGCGGUCGCUUUCUGUUUUCGGAUUAACAAAAUUUCUACAAAAUAUAUCGAAUCUCGAAAAUUCUCUGUAAUGCACAAAGUUCAAUCACUUCAAGUACAGUAUUUUGGAAAGAUAAAUUCAUUAACGGUUGAUACACCAAAUAUAAAUGAAGACAUUAUGAAACAAAAUCCAGAAAUAAACGUUUAAGCUCGUGUUGAGAAAUUA